UCGGCGUCUCAUGAAUAAUCAGGACUUUCUAACAUCGUCCCCUUCCAGCAGGCCGAGGGCUUUCAGUCAGGGGGGAGACUAACAGGUGGACCGUCCUUGAGCCCCGUCUAAUCUGGGAAAAAAGGACUUUUAGCGCCUUCCUCGGCCCUGGGAAGACCAUGGCUCCGUCCAGGAUCUAUCGGGAGUCUUUGCUGGUGCUUUUACUGCAAAUCGUGUUGAUUUGCUCUGCUCAGAGAGGCCCUGUUGGUCCCAGAGGCCCCCCGGGACCCGAAGGAGCAGCCGGCGUUCCUGGCGUGGACGGCAUUGAUGGUGACAGAGGAGUGGACUCCACAGUGGACGGAGGGCCAGGCCCUGAUGGUGACAACGGUAAAGACGGUGCCGACGGGCCUGCAGGUCUUCCAGGUGCAGAUGGACCAGUUGGACCUCCUGGAGAUCCAGGUCCAGUCGGCCCACAGGGACCAAAAGGGGAUCCUGGUGCUCGUGGACCCCCUGGGGAGCCUGGUGUCGGACCUGAUGGGCUUGAUGGUAUUCCUGGUACAGACGGGCUGCCGGGGGAACUUGGUAAAGUUGGUGCCCCUGGAGCAAGAGGCAAGAGGGGUCAAGUGGGUCUUCCUGGUCCUGCUGGGCCUCGGGGACCUCCGGGAGUCUACCAAGGCGAGGACCUGUGUCCCAACGCCUGCCCCUCUGGUUUACAUGGACAUUCUGGACUCCCUGGCAUGAAAGGCCACAAAGGGGUCAAAGGUGAAUCUGGUGAGCCAGGAAGACAAGGUCACAAGGGAGAGGAAGGUGACCAAGGACUUCAGGGAGAAGUCGGAGCUCAAGGACUACCAGGUCCAGGUGGACCAAGAGGCCUCCCAGGAAUAAUGGGCUCCAAAGGCGACAGGGGACCUCGUGGAAAACCUGGUGAUGUUGGUCCUCGAGGAAUUCAGGGAUCUCCAGGAGAUCCAGGCCAAAGAGGAGCCAUAGGUGAAACGGGGCCAAGGGGAGUCCAGGGGGAUGUUGGUCCUCAAGGAAUCAGAGGAGUACCUGGACCAAAAGGAGAACCUGGUCUUCCUGGUCCAGAUGGUCGUGAGGGAAUUCCUGGGUUGCCAGGAUCCAAGGGUCUUCCAGGAAAAAGUGGGGCCCCAGGUGACGCUGGCUCUCAAGGACUUCCUGGUUUGCCAGGAGCUUUUGGCCCAAAAGGACAUGGUGGUGCUACGGGUUCUACAGGUGAUCCAGGAGUUGUAGGACUGAUGGGGUCUCCAGGAAAGCAGGGUGAACGUGGAGAACAGGGGGAGGUUGGACCAGUUGGACCCAGAGGAGGACCAGGUGACAGAGGAGAGAGAGGACCUGAUGGACCUCCAGGAUCACCAGGACCAAGGGGAAGCAAAGGGGACCCAGGACUUCCAGGACUUCCUGGACCUGCCGGCUAUCGUGGCCAAAAAGGAGACAGGGGUGCAGUCGGUCUCGAUGGUCCAAAAGGAGAGCAGGGACCUCCAGGUGCAGAGGGAACUCCAGGAGAGAGAGGAGACGUGGGUGAUGAGGGCGAACAAGGAGAGAAAGGAUCGACCGGCCCACCAGGAGAGACAGGAAAUAAAGGAUCUGAAGGAAGCCGAGGACAGUCAGGGAAAGAGGGCAAGGAGGGCCAGCCGGGACCACGUGGUAUGCAAGGCGACAUGGGAGUACCAGGCCUGCCGGGCGCACAAGGACCAGCGGGGAAAUCACCAACGGAUACACACAUCAAACAAGUCUGUAUGAGAGUAAUGCAAGAGCAGCUGGCCCAACUAGCAGCCAGUCUGAGCAGACCUGAGUCAGGCAUCUCAGGGCUCCCCGGACCCCCCGGCCCACCUGGACCACCGGGCCCUGUCGGGGAGAACGGUUUCCCCGGACACGCCGGAUCAAGAGGACUGCCUGGUCUUAAAGGUCCUCCUGGGCUGAUCGGCCGCAAAGGACCUAAAGGUGACCAGGGUGACAGAGGGGACCGAGGAGCCACAGCGAGAGGAGCCAAAGGAGAACCAGGAGCUCCAGGUCUACCAGGUGAACCCGGACGACCAGCUUAUGGUAGAGAUGGUCGUGAUGGAAUGAAGGGGUCUCGUGGUGUUCCUGGCGUUUCUGGUGUUCCUGGACCUCCCGGACCUGCAGGACUGAACGGAUACUGUGAGUCGUCACAAUGCGUCCUGCCCAUGGUGGCGUCACCGGUUUCAGCAAAGGACUCCGGCAUGAAGGGCCCCAAUGAGAUGUGAGGAGGGGCCGGAGCUGAACUGGAGGAAAACAGAGACUAGAGGAUAAAACCAGCUCUCGUGGAAGAUUUGUCCAUUUGGGUUUGGUCAUUUGGUUUGUAUGUUUGUUUUUAUGUCAGUUCAUUUGGAACAAAAAAAAGGUCUCUUUAAGCCAUUUUUGUGGCUAUUAACCACCAAAAAGGUGGAUUAAAGUUUGAAACUCCUUCACACAAAAGGCUUCAUUUUUACCUCAGUUUUGCCGUGUCUGUACUGUACAAUUAAAGGAGUAGUCCAUGAAAUUAAGGCCCAGCUGUAUGUAAACUAUGAUCAGACCUACUAGUCCCCAAAACAAUACAAGGCAAGUCUGAACAUUUUCUGUAUGUUUAUGUAAAUGUGUCAAUACGCAAAUUAUAAUGCUGGAUGACGUACAUCUGUUUGUGAGUAUCUUUGUUGUUUAUCCACUUAAAUCCCCCUGUGUCUUUUCCUCUAAAUGUAGGAUAUAUUUGAUCAUUUCUCUGUCAUGACAACUGUAUUUUGUGAAUGGAGGGUGGCGUUGUGUGAAAACCUCUCUAGCAGCUUUUUAUGACUUCUUAUUUAUUAUCUCAAGGUUGAGACAACGUGACAUCUUCAAGUUGUACAAAGGAGGAAAAUAAACACAUUUUGAUAACCUCUUGCAUGUUUUGUAUGGACAAUAACAACCAAGA